CCAUUUUGUGCGGUUGCGCCGUGUAUUUAUCGCAAGAGUCGUGACUGUGACGCCAGUCCACCGACUGUUAGUUUAGGUAGUCACAACGUCCCUCUAACCCAGACUUGUGGGUUUCCCUUUCAGUCGUCGUUAUCGGCUAAUUUGUAGUUCAUUUUUUAUACAAAUAUAUAUAUAUUUUGUGUGAGGAAGAAUGUCGGCCGAAAGUCCCGAAUACUCCUCGUUCUUUGCAGUGAUGGGUGCCUCUGCAGCGAUGGUCUUCAGCGCUUUGGGAGCAGCCUAUGGCACGGCCAAGAGCGGCACAGGCAUUGCUGCCAUGUCUGUAAUGAGGCCGGAGCUCAUCAUGAAGUCCAUCAUCCCCGUGGUCAUGGCGGGUAUCAUCGCUAUCUAUGGCCUUGUCGUAGCAGUACUGAUUGCCAACAACAUUUCUGAGAGGGUCACCCUCUACAAGAGCUUUCUCCACUUGGGAGCCGGGUUGAGCGUGGGCCUGAGUGGGCUGGCGGCCGGCUUCGCCAUCGGCAUAGUGGGCGAUGCGGGCGUCAGGGGCACGGCUCAGCAGCCUCGCCUUUUUGUGGGCAUGAUCCUCAUCUUGAUUUUCGCCGAGGUCUUGGGUCUCUACGGGCUCAUCGUCGCCCUCAUUCUGUCCACGAAGUAAACCCAGCCCAAAAUCUCCACUACAAGAUCUGUCGCUGCUGGAGAAGAAGUGUAAAUUGUCUGUCUGUGGGUGUGGGUGUGUUUGUGUGUGUGUGUGUGUGUGUGUGGGGGGAGGAUACAUUUGUGAAAUUUCUGCAACACAAGUUGGAGAAAGAGAAGGCGUUGGGGAACAAAAGAAAAAGGCUCCGUGAUAGGGUCUCAACAAUGUGUACAAAUUUGAUAGUCAACUUGUAAAUGCGCAAUGUAGUGAUUUGUCAGUCGUGUGUGUGUGUGUGUGUGUGCGUGGGUGUUUCAAAACAAUUGUAUGAUAAAAAGAUUCCUUCCCCUCCCUCCACUUAUUUGGGGCCUCGAGGCCGACUGCGGCAGCUCGGCCUCUGGUCUUAAAGAGCUGACCAAAGGGCCGCACAGCUUUUUCUCCUCCCAAUUGGGAGUUGCAUUAAUCUUGAGGAUCUAUUUGUAAAGAUGUAUGGACUUUUUUCCCACUGAUUUUAUUUAUAAGAAAUUGUCCAUUAAACUGUUGAACUGCA